AUGUAUUUCUUCGGGAAUGCCAGCUACGAUCUGCUGCCGAAUUCCAGUUACGACCCGUGCGACGGUCUGGCGGUGUGCCUGAGCCAGCCCUGUGACCCUAGCAACAGCCUGUCCUUCACGCGCGUCUUCAUCCCGGUCCUGUACAGCGCCGUCUUCCUGGUGGGGCUGCUGGGAAACGGCCUGGUGGUGGGCGUCUUGGCCCGGAGCCUGAGGCGUCUGGCCGCCACGGAGAUGUACGUCCUGCAUUUAGCCGCGGCCGACCUGCUGCUGGUUGUGGGCCUGCCCUUCUGGGCUGCGGAAUCCGCCAACGAGUGGGUGUUUGGCCACGGGGCCUGCAAGGUGCUGGGGGCCCUGUACAACGUCAGCUUCUACAGCAGCAUCUACUUGCUGGGCUGUAUUAGCUUCGAUCGCUACCUCUCCAUCGUCCACGCUGUGGAACUCUACAAGAGGAGGAGGCCUUGGCGCGUUUACCUCAGCUGCGCGGCCGUCUGGCUCUUCUGCCUCCUGCUGGCCGUCCCGGAUUUCGUCUUCCUGCACUCCAUGAGGGUGAACGGGUCCCGGAAGUGUGCCCAUAAUUAUGGCGCCAACAACUCCAAGGGCUGGAUCGUGGGCCUACGCUGCUUCUACCACGUCACCGGCUUCCUGCUCCCCCUGGGGGUCAUGGGCUACAGUUACCUGAAGAUCGGCUUGACCCUCGCGCAAUCCCACAAUUCCCAGCGGCCGCGGGAACGCCGGGCCCUCAAGGUGAUGGCCGCCGUGGUGGCGGUCUUCUUCCUCUGCUGGACCCCCUACAACGUGGUGAUGUUCCUGGAGACCCUGCACCGGUUGGGUGCCCUGGGGCGGGACUGCAGCGCCGAGGGGCGCAUGGACACCGGCUACAUCCUGGCCGCGUGCCUGGGCAACCUGCACUGCUGCCUCAACCCCUUCCUGUACGCCCUCGCCGGCGCCAAGUUCCGCUCCAGGAUGUUCGAGUGCCUGGGGGCGCUGGGCUGCCCCUUCGCCCGCGGGUGGGGCUCCCUCCCCAGAAGCCAGCGGCAACGCCAUUCUGUCGUCACUGUCUCCGAGUCGGGAGACACCUCCUACUCGGCGUUCUAA